AGUAGUAGCUUAACCUUGUGUACAAUUGUAUAUAUAUAUCUUCAAUCAACUGAGAUCUGUUCUAGAUCUCAUAAUAAUAAGAUACGUGAUUCAGGUUUUUGUGGUCAGAGCUUGUUUUACAUACACCAGAUUUUAUAUAAGCUUGUUUGCAGACUGCAUUCUAUACAUAUUAGCAUUUCAACCAUAUCCAAGCAAUAAGGAAACCAUAACAUGACAUCGACCACCACGGAAAUAGAACUUCCACCUGCAAUUGCUCAUAAACCAGGAAGAGCAUCUUCAGCUAUAGCUCCCCAGGAAAUCUCAACAGGUCAUGUCGACCACAACGAUCCCGAGCCGCCGACAAACUUUGUCCGGGCGCGGCAGCGAUGGAACCAUCCAAAGAGUAACAUCUCGCGGGUCUUUUCAACAUUCUGGUCUUUUGUCGUAAUGGGUGCCAAUGAUGCUGCAUACGGCGCACUCAUUCCAUAUCUCGAGAAAUAUUAUUCUCUGGGCUACACAGUCAUUGCACUCGUCUUUCUUUCUCCCUUUAUCGGCUACACUUCUGCGGCUGCGCUCAUCAGCAGAAUCCACCACCGCUUCGGACAGCGCGGGAUUGCACUGAUUGGGCCCAUCUGCCAUACCAUCACGUAUAUUAUCCUCUGCGUCCAUCCACCGUGGCCCGUGGUCGUUAUUGUUUGUGUCCUCGCUGGAUUCGGCAAUGGCGUUCUAGACGCCGCAUGGAACACAUAUAUCGGAAACAUGGCGAACGCGAACGAGAUUCUCGGAUUCCUGCACGGCUUCUACGGUCUAGGAGCGACAAUCAGUCCAUUGAUUGCCACGAGCAUGAUCACCAAGGGACAUCUUCCCUGGUAUUCGUUUUACUACCUCAUGAUUUGCCUUGGCGUGAUUGAGCUCGGCACUGCGGCUGUAGCGUUCUGGUCAUCAACCGGCAAAGUAUUCCGCGACGCACAACAGGUAUCUGCAGGAUCCAAGAGCGGAUCGACACGCCAGGUGAUCAGGAACCAAGCCACAUGGCUCUGUUCGGCUUUCCUAUUUGUCUACGUUGGCGUCGAAGUAUCCCUGGGCGGCUGGAUCGUGACGUUCAUGAUCAACGUCCGGUCCGGUACGGCUUUUGCUUCUGGGAUCAGUGCUGUGGGAUUCUGGCUCGGCAUUACCGUGGGAAGGGUGAUUCUCGGAUUUGUGACCCCGAGAAUCUACCUGCUGGCAUCCAUGGGCCUCGAGCUUCUCUUCUGGCUUGUCCCGCAUUUCCUCGUUUCCGCAAUCGCCGUCGCUUUUCUCGGAUUCUUCCUGGGCCCGCUGUUCCCUGCCGUCGUGGUUGCUGCGAUGAAGAUUCUGCCGCAGCACAUGCACAUUAGCGCCGUCGGAUUUGCGUCAGCCUUUGGGGGCGCCGGGGCGGCAAUGUUUCCCUUUGUGGUCGGCGCCAUGGCGCAAGCAAAAGGCGUUACGGUCCUGCAGCCGUUUAUCCUCGCCAUGUUGGGUCUGGAUUUGGUGUUGUGGGUGCUUAUUUCGCGGAUUCCGAGGACGCAUCAUCAAGACUAGACCUCUCUUACUUUGCUCUGGCUUUUGCCUAGGCAGGGGGGAAGUCUUCCUUUAUGUGCUCUUUCAUAUAUACAUUUCUUUUUGCGCUUCUUUGGAAUAAUACAUUUUGGGCGUUCAAAGGGGAUGGUUGAUUUGUGAAUAGAAUUAGAGAGAGAGAGAGGGG